CUUAUUGGGCCAAGGAAUGACAUUUUAUUCCUGUACUACAGCUAUUUUACCGUUGCUGAUAUUUAUCUUUUCUCUCUUCAGGCAGCUGCUAUAUUUAAUUCAGCCUUUGGAAGUUUUUUGGGCAUCGUUAUAACUCCACUGCUGCUUCUACUUUUUCUUGGAUCAUCCUCCUCUGUGCCUUUUACAUCUAUAUUCUCACAGCUGUUUAUGACUGUUGUAGUCCCUCUUAUUAUUGGACAGAUUGUCCGAAGAUACAUCAAGGACUGGCUCGAGAGGAAGAAGCCUCCAUUUGGUGCUAUCAGCAGCUGCGUGCUCCUGAUGAUCAUCUACACAACCUUCUGUGACACUUUUGCCAAUCCAAAUAUUGACCUUGAUAAAUUUAGCUUGAUUAUCAUAGUGUUUAUAAUAUUUUCUGUUCAACUGAGCUUCAUGUUCUUGACUUUCCUCUUCUCUACAAGGAAUAAUUCUGGUUUCACAGCAGCAGACACAGUGGCUAUCAUCUUCUGCUCCACACACAAAUCCCUCACCCUGGGGAUUCCCAUGCUGAAGAUAGUGUUUGCGGGGUACGAGCACCUGUCCUUAAUUUCCGUCCCCUUACUCAUCUAUCAUCCUGCUCAGAUUCUUCUUGGCAGUCUGUUGGUACCAACAAUAAAAUCUUGGAUGGUUUCUAGACAAAAGGCACUGAAGUUAACCAGGCAGCCCAAAGCACCCGUGAAGGUAUAACGAUGGAGGUGGCCCGUGUCCCAGCGAAUGUAUAUAUGUACUAUACUGUACACACAGACAAAUGAGACAACUGGGUAUCUGUGAAUGUUGCUUCAGUGCAUAUUUUAUUUUUUUAUAUGCAUAUACAUAUAUAUAUAUAUAUAUAUAUAUAAAAAGAUACCUGUUUAAGUGCCUUACAAAUACGUUUUCUGGCAAAAACAUUGUUUCCAGAAGCCACUUUGAUGGUUACUGCAAGAGGUUGUAUAGUAUUUUGGAGUCCUUUAAUUUUUAUUUUUCUAACUGAGUGAAUGGUCAUAACUACCAGCUGUCUUUCUUCCAUGCCCCUGCUUUGAAACCAGGGUGCAGCAGCCGUAAGUUUCUAUUUUAAACUAGCCAAAUGACCAGGAACCUAUCCCACUGCUGGCCUACCCUGAGGAAGAGCUUUCUGAAGGUUUUCUUCAAGGUUGACUUGAAUUGUGUGAUUCUGUUACACUCCCUAGUCAUAUGACUGUGACAUGCCUUUUUCUUCUGAGUUUGUGUAUUCUCAGCAUGGGGCCAUCCAUUGGAUAGAAGCUGAGAAGCAUGAAUUAUUUGCAUUUGUUGACACAGUUGUCUAGACAUUCCUUCAAAGUUAAUGUUUUUUCAAGAAAAUUCUUUCAAUUUCAUUGUAUGAUAUUGUGCCAUUGUAUAUCUUAAAUGCCUCAUAAGCUUCAAAGAAAUGGUCUGGUGCUUGGGUUAUGAGUGAAGUAUUUGUGUUUGCAGCUAGGACAUCUUUUU